GGGAAGCGGAGGUGGCCGGGCCCGGGGCUCAGACAAACAGCGGCCGGGGCGACAUUCUUUAUUUUUUAAAAAAAAAUAACACACACAUAUACAAAAAAAAAACCUUUUAUUCAAAAAUAUAUAUAUAUACAUAUACAAAUUACAAACAAGAAAAUCAUGUAUUAAAAAUCCAUAAUUGAAAUCCAAGUGUAUAAUUAAAAAAAAUUAAGGGAAAAAUGGCCGAGACAACCGCUACCUCUCCUAAAGUCUCUCCAUUAGAAUCAGAGCUCUACUUCCUAAUCGCUCGCUUUCUCUCGGCGGGUCCUUGCCAAAAGUCCGCGGAGAUGCUGGUGAAGGAGCUGGAGGAGAAUGAGCUACUCCCGAAGCGUCUAGACUGGGAAGGUAACGAGUACCACAGGAGUUAUGAAAACUUUGUUUUAUCAAAUCAGCAUGUGCCCCCUGAUUAUCUGCUGCGGAUUUGCCAGCGAAUUGGCACAUUACUGGAUAAAGAGGUUCCUUCAAGUGUGUCUGGAGUACAGUCCCUACUUGGUGCAGGCCGGCAGUCCCUACUUCGAACUGCAAAAGAUUGCAAACAGGUCGUAUGGAGGGGCUCAGCUUUUGCAGCCCUUCAUAGAGGAAGACCACCUGAAGUGCCCAUUACCUUUGGGAGCCCACCUAGUGUUGUGGAGAUUGUCCGUGGCAGACAGUUGACAGGAAGUGGGCGUUUUAGUUCAAUUUUUCCAGCCAGUACCUAUCAGCAUAUAAAGAUGCACCGCAGGAUUCUUGGACAUCUGUCUUCUGUGUACUGUGUUGCUUUUGAUCGCACAGGGCACAGGAUUUUUACUGGCUCUGAUGACUGUCUGGUGAAGAUCUGGGCCACACACACUGGUCGAUUAUUGUCCACCCUACGUGGCCACUCCACUGAAAUUUCUGACAUGGCUGUGAAUUAUGAGAACACUAUGCUAGCUGCUGGCAGCUGUGAUAAACUAAUUCGAGUUUGGUGCUUAAGAACAUGUGCCCCAGUAGCUGUGCUACAGGGGCACACGGGAUCCAUUACCUCUCUGCAGUUUAGCCCUAUGGGCAAAGGUUCAGUACGGUACAUGGCUUCUACAGGAUCUGAUGGGAGUGUUUGCUUUUGGCAGUGGGAUCCGACUACUCUGAAAUUCAAGAAUCAGCCAUUGAAAUUUACGGAGCGAUCCAGACCAGGUUCUCCAAUGAUUUGUUCCUCAUUCAGUGUUGGUGGUAUGUUCCUAGCAGCUGGCAGCAGUGAUCAUGUGAUCAGAAUAUAUUACCUUGGAUCUGGAAUCCCUGAGAAGAUUUCUGAAUUAGAAUCUCAUCUGGACAAAGUAGACAGUAUUCAGUUCUCCAACAAUGGUGACAGAUUGGUCAGUGGUAGCAGAGAUGGAACAGCACGGAUCUGGCAGUACCAGCACCAGGAAUGGAAAAGUAUCUUGCUGGACAUGGGUGCUCAAUUGCCAGGAACCAAUUCCUGUCCAGGGGAUGAUAAGGUCACAAAACUUAAAGUGACUAUGGUUGCAUGGGACCGUCAUGACAACAAUGUCAUCACUGCUGUGAAUAACCAUACUUUAAAGGUGUGGAAUUCAUAUUGUGGGCAGUUGCUGCACAUCCUAAUGGGUCAUGAAGAUGAAGUGUUUGUUUUGGAGCCACAUCCAUUUGACGCGAGAAUUAUUUUGUCUGCUGGCCAUGAUGGCAAUGUCUUUAUUUGGGACAUUACUAAAGGCACAAAAUCUCACCAUUACUUUAACAUGAUUGAAGGCCAAGGUCAUGGUGCUGUAUUUGAUUGCAAGUUUUCACCAGAUGGCCAGCACUUUGCCUGCACAGACUCGCACGGACAUCUGCUUAUAUUUGGGUUUGGAUGUAGUAAAUUGUAUGAAAAGAUUCCGGAACAAAUGUUUUUCCAUACUGACUAUCGUCCGCUAAUUCGUGAUGGCAACAAUUUUGUCUUAGAUGAGCAAACUCAACAGGCUCCCCAUCUCAUGCCACCACCUUUCCUGGUGGAUGUGGAUGGAAAUCCUCAUCGAACAGAAUACCAGCGAUUGGUGCCAGGACGUGAAAACUGUCUGGAUGAGCAGCUCAUACCACAACUAGGAUAUGUGGCAACAAGUGAUGGUAAUGUUGUGGAACAAGUAAUUGGGCAGCAAACAAGUGACCAAGAUGAGCAGAACAUGGAACUUAGUGUUCUGGAUGGCAUAAUCCGAAAUUUACAACUGGAGCAAGACCAGCGGAUGGGAUCUGAGCAACAUGGGACAAAUAAUCCACCCAACAGGAUCAGCACACCUGCAAGAGUUUUAAGGAACCCAAGCUCUGAUAUUCUGUCACCGCCAAAUGUGGGACUGCGUCGUAGUGGGCAGAUUGAAGGUGUUCGUCAGAUGCAUCACAAUGCUCCCCGCAGUCAAAUAGCCACAGAAAGAGAUAUCAUGGCUUGGAAACGAAGAGUGGUAGUACCAGAUAUUCCACCUAGUGUGAACAGGAUGCAGGAAGAUUUUAGGAUUGCCAAAAGUGAAGAGGAAAUUGCCUUGUAUGCAAGAGAGAAGAAAAGACGACCAGUUCACUCUGCACAAAGGAAUGAUUCCUUGGACUCAUCUGAAUACACAAAAAGAAAGAUGAGGGCACAGCGUCGUGAGCAGCUCAAAUAUCGAACUCGUGCCGCUGUUGAAGAAUUAGCUCAAUUUUUCCAUGAAGAAGCAGAAGAGGUUAGCUCUGAAGAGGAAAGUAAUUCAGCAGAGGGCAGUGGAGGCUCUUCAGAGGAAUGGCAGAGUGAAUCUAACAGCUCAAGUGAUUCUUCGAGUGAGUAUUCAGAUUGGACAGCAAAUGCAGGAAUUAAUCUUCAGCCACCCAAAAGACCAACCAGACAGCGAGCUCCACGCCUAGUGAGCAGCUCAGAAGAUGAACAAGAUGAUAAAGUUAAAGAACUGUGGAAUCAAAAGCUAAAGAAACCUAAAGGAAGACCACGAAAGAGACCAAAUCCUGUGCCAACUGGAGAAGGUGCAAUUUUAGAGGAAUGGCAUCCACCAAAGUGGAUCACAGAUACUGUACCACGUAGGUCACCUUAUGUUCCACAGAUGGGUGAUGAGGUUGUCUACUUUCGUCAAGGCCAUGAAGCCUAUGUUGAAGCUGUCAAAAAAGCAAAAAUAUACACCAUUAGCUUACGCAAGCAGCCAUGGCAUAAACUGGAACUUAGGGAUCAAGAAUUUUUAAAAAUUAUUGGACUAAAAUAUGAAGUUGGACCUCCUACACUAUGCUGCCUAAAACUUGCCUUCAUAGACCAGGAUACAGGCAAAAUUAUGGAUAAGUCAUUUUCUCUGAAGUGCGUUCACUGGUAUCAUGACAUGCCUGAUGUGAUUGAUUUCCUUGUACUACGUCAAUUUUAUGAUGAAGCAAGGGAAAGGAAUUGGAAAGCUAGUGACAAAUUUCGAUCUAUAAUAGAUGAUGUUUGGUGGUUUGGAACAGCGUUAAGUCAAGAACCCUUCCAGCCGAUGUAUCCCGAUAGUAAUUUCCAGUGUUACACAGUUCGCUGGGAGAAUAAUGAAAUUGAAAGGCUCAGUCCUUGGGAUAUGGAACCUAUUUCUGAAAAUGCUGAAUAUCCUGAUGAUCCUAGUGCUGGUGUUCCUGUGACUGUGGAAGAGUUAGAAGCUCUGCUCUACAAACCUCAAGAGGGAGAGUGGGGAGAAAGAUCACGAGAUGAAGAAUGUGAACGUAUUAUAAGGGGCAUUGAUGACCUUCUGACACUUGAUAUAGCAACUCCCUUUAAUGCUCCUGUGGAUCUUCGGGCAUAUCCUAUAUAUUGUAUGGUGGUUUCCUACCUUACAGACCUCAGCACCAUCAGAAUGAGGCUGGUCAAUAGAUUUUACAGGAGGAUUAGUGCACUUGUGUGGGAGGUGAGGUACAUAGAACACAAUGCAAGAACUUUCAAUGAACCAGAUAGCCCGAUUGUUACAUCAGCGAGGAGAAUCACUGACCUGCUUCUAAAGUUCAUUGAGAAUAAAGACUCUAUUGAUAUUUUUGAGAUUUGGAGUACCAUGGAGAAUUGUUCACUGGACUCUCAGGAAGAGGAUGAGGAAGAUGAUGAGGCAGUGAAUGCUGUUGUUGCAGGAACGUCUACUGCUAGGAGAAACCAUGUAAGGCACCAAUUGGGACAGAGCCUGAACUAUGAUAUCAGCACAUGGAAAACUCAAUGUAGAGAACUAUUGGAGAUCCUGUUUCAGUGUGAAGAUUCUGAACCUUUCAGGCAGCCUGUGGACCUCGCUGAAUACCCAGAUUACAGGGAUAUUAUACACACUCCAAUGGACUUGGCAACUAUAAAAGAAGCAUUAGAAAUGGAAAAUUAUGAAAGCCCUAUAGAACUUUGCAAAGAUGUGCGAUUAAUCUUCAGCAACGCUAAAGCCUAUUCCCCAAACAAAAAAUCUAAGAUAUACAGCAUGACUCUGAGGUUGUCUGCAUUCUUUGAGGACCAAAUUCGAACAAUUGUCUCUGACUAUAAAACAGCUCUAAAAUACAAUAAAAGGAGUCAGCACAAACAGAGAUACAAAAAACGCCUACAUAGCUCUGAAGCCUCCAGGUCAAGUAGCAGAGCCUCCAGUCCAGAACGAAAACGAAAACCAAUGAAGCCUCCAGCAAAAGUGGAACAUCCUUCCAAAAGAUCUACCUCAUUACAUUCAUCUCAGAACAGCACAAGUAGUACUGGAGAUAGUGCCUGCAGCGAUGCUUCUGAGCAUUCUUCUACAUCACCUAGAGUAAGGAACAUGAGGGCCAAGACAACUGCCCUAACUUUAAAAAAAGAAAGAAAAAAAGACUUGCCCAAUGGGUCAGUUGGAUCAACAACAGUAUCAGAACAUGAAGACUCCAGUGAAAGUUCUGCUGAAGAAAAUGAAAGUGCCAUGAAGUCUACAGCUUCUUCUUUGAAUGGUGCUUGGGCAGAGUCUGUGGCUGGCAGCAGUAGGACAAUAAGAAAGCAUGUGUCACCUAAACAAAAAACAGAAACAGAAACAAGUGAUACUCAGGUAAAUGGGGACAACAGAAAAUUGGCCCGUCAGACUACGGCAGCUAAGAAACGCAAGAUCUUGAGUGAUUCUGAGGAAGAAGACGCCGAUUCUGAGAAAGAACAGGAGAUGUUAGGUGCAAUUAAGAGAAGAAAGUAUGCCUAUGUUUUGGAAGAAGAUGACUCUCUGUCUGACAGCCAGCAGCAGCAGGAAGGAGAAGCCCAAAAACCUAGUUCAAGUAGCAGUACCAGUUCUGGGACUGAAAGCAGCUCAAGCUCCAGUUCUGAAUCAAAAUCCCAGUCAGACUCUGAAUCUCGAUCUAUUUCUGAUUUGGAUAGCGAUUACAAUGUGAAAGCAAAGACAAAAGUGAAAUCAAAGAUAAAAGUGAAAGCAAAGACAAAAUUGAAGAGAGGAAGACCUAGAAAAGUUAAAGGGAGAGGAAAAAACAAAGUAGCAGUUUCCAAAAAAGUCACCAGUAGGUUAGAAUAUAAGAAGCAGCAAAAGAUCUUGGACAGCGAUGAUGAAGAAGGGGAUGAUGAUGAUGAUGACUCUGAUUAUGUAAAACGGGAUUGUGUUUGUAGACCAUCUGCGAUAAGGACCAGAAAUCAAGGCAGAAGAACUGUAAGAUAUGAUGAUUAUGACUCAGAUACAGACAGUGUUUUACAAAAUGAGAUUGCUAACCAUGGAGUGUCCAGGUCUGGACGGGUACGGCGAAUGCCCAUGAGAGUGAGAGACUGAGAUGUAGCCAUUUAUUGGCAUUGUACCACUGUGAAUUUGUUUUCUCUAAAAUUUCAGGGAUUAUAUUUAUAUUUUUCUGGAUUUAUUUUCUGGGGAAGUGGGGCAGCUGGCUGUGCUCGGACACAAAAUCAUGACCGAUAUAACAACCAUUAAGGAACGUGUAGUAACAGCACAAGAAACUGCAGUAGUACAUAAGGCAACCCUAGCGAUAUCUGUGGAUCAUGCUAGAAAAGUGUGUAUAACUUAGUUUUUUUCUACUAUUAUAAGCACUACAGCUAAGGUUAUUUAUUUUUGCUUCCUUGCAUGCAUUUUAAGCCAACUGAACAGCAUAUCUUUGUCUCACCAGUGAUCAAAGCAGUUAUCUUCCACAUUUAGACACUGGAUAAUGGCAGCAGGACGAAACACGAGUUUUACAUCCAUCAACUUUUUAUGAUUUGUGAUAAUAUCUUUGCAUCAAUUGAAUUUAUGUUCAAUUCAAAUAAUUUUGCCUCAAGCUUGUGUAUCUUAAUGCCAGAUUAGAGAUUUGUUUUGGAGGUGCAGGGUAGAAGGGAAAGAAAUCCCGCUGUUCUUUGGUAAGGAUAGAAAAAUCAGAGUUUCUUUUCAAAAAGGUGCACAAUAUUGCUUAAAAUGCCUGUAACUUUCUUUGUCCUAACCCUAACAUUGCUUACAUUAACAAGCAAUAGUUAAUUUAGUAGCAAGUUGGAUAAUUCUGAUCCUUUAAAUUUUCUGUCACAUUGGCAGCCAUUGUCUGUGCCUGAUCAAGUUGCUGUUUCCUGUGUUUGAGUAAAGAGCAAGAACAAUGUAAUAGUAAUGGCUUAACUGACCAGAGUAUUUUUUUUUUUGCCCAUUUAUUAAAAGGUGGAGAGGAAAAUCAGUAUUUACACAGUAUCAAACUGAUUAUGAACUAAUUGCUGAUGUUGAAACAGUGCAGAUUUAUUUGGAAUGUGAGGAAUGGCUUGGCACAAAGUUGAGGAGUAAUGGUUUGGAAGUUAUAUGCAGGAAAAAUGUACCUAAUUGACAUGGCCUGGUUUAAAGUCAAUUUUACCCCUGUUUUAAAUUACUUUCCAGUUUACUCUCUUGUCUUAACUGAAUUGUAUUUGGUUUAUUAAAUUAAUUUUUAUUAAUAUCUCAACAUAUAUCCAAAUUUUUUUAUGCUGGCCAUCAAAUUUAGCAGAGGGUAGAGUCUUACUUAAAAAAGACUCAUUAAAAACAAUUUUAAAACAUUAUUACAUUUUUAAAAGAGAGCUAAUCCAAGUGAAUUCAGAAAACAUAGAUUAACUGUGAAGUGCUCUUUUGCUGUGAUAAAUCUUGUGUGAAUAUUCCAAAUAAUACUUUGUAGAAAGUACUUUCUCAAAAUGUGGGUUAUCAGUGUGCUGGUGUACAGUGCUAUUGGUACCUUCAAUCUGUACUUUUACACUGAAGUUAAUCCUUUCUCAGAGUUUGUAAAAUUUGUUUAGAAGAAGAUUCUUUCUGCCCUCCACUUCUGAAGACAGUAGAAUGUGAUUCCAUCACCCAUUUGGUACCUUGCUUGAGUAUCCAUAUGUGUGUCUGCAUAGUGAGCAUUCGCACGCUUAUCCAACCAAAGUGUUGAGGAGAUCUAGGGUUAUUUCACCCAAGCAUGAUCUUGACUCCACACAACACAUACACAUAAUCUUGAACAAUUGUUGAAAGAUCACGUUGGCUGUUGUUUUUCCUCCACAGUCUAGAGACAUUGUGGAUAACUAAAGCCCCCGCUCAGACUGAUAUAAGCCAACAGAAAUUAACAGGUAUCAAACUUGGAGCUUUGCUGCUCUAUACUGGGUAUCACAAUGUUACUGUAAUGAGUCAUUGGAGAAGUUCCUGUGCAAAUCUUUAAAUCCCAAGCUGCUUGCCAGUUUCCACAGAGGGACACAUAGUAUAAAUCUUUUGACUGGUUCUACAACAAUCACUGAUGUCUAAAAGUUGCUAGACAGAAUCUCCUUUGAUAAAGAAGUCUUUAACUUGGUUAUGAUUUGCAGUUCACAGAGUAAAUACUGCAAGAAAAGUAAUUCCAUAGUUUUGUUUUUAAUGACAGCAAUGCAACGCAUCUAAGUAAAUUUCCAAAUUGCCAGCAGGUAUGGGAACUGAUAUAACUUUUCUGCCCAUUUAUAAAAUAACUUGUCUGAAUUUAUAAUAUGUCCCUGAAGCUAUAAAAUUGGCUGUUGUUUUCUGAAGACAUCUACCCACUGCUAACUGUUCCAAAAAGUCUUAGCGUUUAUGCUUUAACUCACUAUUUUCAGUUUCAUACAAAAUUACUGCAUUGUUUUUAGUUUUGUUAUUUUACAAAAUGUGUGAAUAUCACUUAGCUACUUAACAAGCCAUUUAUUUAAAAAAAUGUGUACUGAAACCGGUUGUUGAUCAGGUUAAUUAUUGUUUUUCCUAUUAACUGAAUCAAAUUGACCUAUUCUUUCAUAUAUUCAGUUUUGGCCUUUACAAAAAUCUACAAUAACAGUGAAAUUAAAUGUCUUAACCAGAAACUUUAGCUUUUAAAAGGCAAAGACCUAUUAAAACUUGUGAAUCUACAAAGUUGCUGAUAUUUUUGGCACAGCAGGACCAUUGGCCACCAUUCUUUAGAGGUAUGAUCCAGUUGUACCUGGGAUAGCUUGUCUACAUGGUUUCCCAUUUUACCACAUGCAUAUUUUUGUAUGGGGUGGAGACUGAGCAAGUCACCUAAAAAUGAUUUUUUAUGCUGUACAGUCUUUUAAUUUUUUUUUAAAUUGCAGCCAAGCUUUGCAUUUGUCAUGUGCAGAAUACUUUUGGGGUGCCAGAUGAUCACCUCUGAAAAAGAGGAGACGGUUAAAAUAUCUGUAAACUCACGAGUGAGAGAAUGUGAUUUCUGGCAUACAACAUGAUUUAUGACAGCAGCCACAGUUUUGUUCAGUCUGAUUUUUAAAAAAAUCUAUAAUGGCAAGUGACCUUUUAGCUCAUCCACAGUUUAUUAGUGUGGAAUUGUGUUUAUAAAAAGAAAUUGGUGCCUUCAGUUUUGUCUGUGCCUACAGUGAUAAUAGAUAAUAUUUGUACUCUUUUUUUGUGGUGGUUGCCCUCAGGAGCGCAUUAAAACCAAAUGUU